AGUCCAAAUUAAACGCAAUUAAAUACGACAGUUUGUCCAGUCAGCAAUCGUUAUAUUUCCGUUACAUUAAUGGACGGAAUGGCUAUUUCUGUGUAUUUCUCAGAAUCUGGCUAUAUUUGUCACAAAGUGCAAAGUUAUGGCUAUGGAAGUGAAUUUUGCCUAAAAAUAAACACCUCGGAAUAGCUGGGAUAUGAACGAAAAAUAUCAAAUUCAGGCCCAACCCAGUAGAGUAGUCGAGUUUCGAUACUGGACUUCGGCCCAUUCUCACCAAGCAAACUGCUCGCAUUUGCAUAAAUAAUCUGACGCGACCGGGUCCGGCCCGAUUCGAGUUACCGCCCCGUUCCCGUGCCCUCUCCUUCAAUUCCAAGCGCCUCCCCAGCUUAUAAUCUUUCCCGGCUCACCCUUUUCUAGGGUUUCGAUCAUCUUUCUCCCGUCCCCGCGUCGUAAAGGUACCGUUCCCCGUUUCCCGCUAUACUCUGUCGAUUGUUUCGUUGCUAUGAGAACGUUUUGAGCAAUCCGCCUAGUAUUCGAAUCUUGCGAUUCGAUUUUCAUCAUUAGUCCUUGUAUUCCUGGUUGCCGAAUGUUUCACUUCAUUGUAGCGCGUCUCAUCCAUUAGGAACUUUCAUUAGUCUGUUUGCUUUGCGGAUUGAUGUCUUUCUGUGGAAUGGUGCCUUCUUUGAUAGCGUUUGAUCUUUCGAAGCUGUUAAAUUUUAUCAAUUUGAUUCUAGCUGUUAUAUACCUUUGUUGCAGCCUUUUUAGAGGGUUAUCUUUGUUUCUAGCUUCAUAAAAGCUAUAUACAUUUCUGCUUCUGUUAAUUGUGGCUGUUUUUUUUUGUGUCGAAUCUACUCCUCUCUAGUUUUGGAUUCAUCUUGCUUAUUGUCGAAUUUCAUUUCUUAAUUUGUUCUGUUUUUGGCUGCUAAUUCAGUGACUUUGGAAUGAAGAAGAAGAAGCAACAGAUUGAUGUCGAGGGUACUGAACCCGAGAUCGAUCUUAAGUCCCUAAUUCACCAGCAUUCUCAAUUCUUCGACAAGUUGAUCGAGCUAAUCCCGGCCAAGUUCUACUUGUCUAAGGAUGAAGAUAAGCCAUGGUUUCAAGGGCUAAGUAAGGCUAAAAGGGAUGAAGCCAAGAAGGAAUCGAGGGAAAACAUCAAGAAGGCUAGGAGAGAUCGGUUAGACCCCGACAAGGCUAAUGUAACCACCCUUGAUUUGCUCAAGCAAAAUUUGGAGAAGGAGAAACAGAAGGAAGAAAGUGAUGAUGAGGAGGAGGAGGAGGAGGAGGAAGAAGAAGAAGAUGAUGAGGAAGAAGUGGAGAUCAACCCUGUGAUAUCUGGUUUGAAAAAUGAUACUAGGUCAGCAACGUAUGAGGAUCUCCGUGAACGUUAUGUGAGGAAGCUGAAAGAGCUCAGAGGCGAGCGGGAGGCUGAUCCCAAUUCAAGAAGACAGCAAAAAAGGGAGGAAAGACAGGAAUAUAGGAGUAAACGCAAGAGAGAGCAUGGCUCUGGAGGGAAGAAAGCUGUAGCAACCAAGAUUGAUAUAGCAAAAAAUGUUGAGAAGGAAGCCGAAGAAGCUACAAAGGAGCUGAGAUUCAGUCACGUGAAGAUAGGGGAUGACGACGAUCACAGGAUGAAGAAGAAGAGGAAGCUCUCGAAGCAGCGAGAGCUCGAGAAGGCGAAAGAGCACCAGGAGGCAAAGGCAGACCCCGAGAAAGGCACGAAGGAAUUUUGGAGAGCAGCUACAAGCAAAGCAGCAGGGGUAAAGGUCCACGACGAUCCCAAACUGUUGAAGCAGAGCAUAAAGAAGGAGAAGAAGAGGCAGCAAAAGAACGCGGAGAAGUGGAAGGAGAGGGUAGAGAGCCAGCACAAAGUGAAAGCAGGGAAGCAGGAGAAGCGAUCGCAGAACAUAGCAGGGAGGAUUCAGGAGAAGAAGAUGAGGAAGAUCGCCAAGCGCGAGAAGAAGCUAAUGCGGCCUGGGUUUGAAGGCCGCAAGGAAGGUUACAUCAAUGAAACCACUUCAACUUAGACGGGGUUACUCUGAAGGUAGGUUCUUUUUAGCACUUUCGAAGCUCAAUCUGUUUCAGUUUUUCGCCCUCUCCUUUUCAUGUGUUGUUUCUGGGUAGAAUGGGAGUAUGUGAUGCAGGAGUUAUUUUGCUGUAGGGAUAGUUUACAAAAGAAAAGGAAUAUGUUGUACCCUCUGAUCUCUGCUUCAUAUGUUGGUUGUCCAAUUUGUUGUUCGUCCUUUAGCUGGAGAAGUAAUUGCCCAUUUGCCCUGAUGGACCGUUGCUGCAUUGAUGUUGUUGGACUGUUCAUUCGAGGAAUUUAAGGUUUUGCAUGUUGGUUCCUGGCAGUAUUGCGUCAUCCGUCCCAGUUCAUCCCUCUAGUCAUUCAUCCACAAGUUCUCCUCAAGGGUGGGAGGCAAUUGCCAUACUGUCCUAAUCAACCAAAUUAGAAAUUCGUGGCUAUAGGCUGUGGAAGUUGCUAAUUACUUCCUUUGAUUAGGGCUGAAAAUGGCUGAUUUUAUGAGUCACUUAUAAGAUGUCUUAGGACCAAAGAUUGAACGUCUUUGAUCUUGAUUUAGUCCAAGUCUGGUUCAAUAUAGCUUGUUUUAUGUCCAAGUGUUCAUUUGUUCCAUUGGUAUUUUGUAUACAGUUGCAAACCCCUUGGGACUUAGAUGUAUGUAAAUGUAAUUAGCCUCUAGACUCUAGAGUAACAAUUUUGUAAUUAAUCCAUACAAAAGGGGAUAUUUGGACGGUAAAUGGACAUACAACCAACUUCUAACUCGACGAACUUUUAACUUGAAAAUUCCAGGUUCGAUUCGAAGGUGUAAUGAUGUAUGGUUUCUCAAUGUUGGGAAUGUUAUUUCUUGAUCUCGUCCGUCGGAGACGUUAUUAUAAUUGUCGAACAUUACCAUCUAUAUUAGCAUUACGGCAUUACCAUCUAUAUUAGAGUUUGGUGAUUAACAAUCAUUACGGAUUUUACUACGACGAACUUGACAAGAGACCAGAGACAAUCUUAGGUAUUGAUGGAACCGUUUCACUAAUGCAAACUAUUCCAAUAAUCAUUUUACAACAAACAGUAGGGUUAAAGACUUGGGGAAAUCAUACAUCAUUACACAUUCCCAACCGAAAAUACAUAGCGGAAAGCAAU